AUGGAGUUUGACGUCAUCGCCCAAGCCACAAACAACUUUUCAGAUGAAAUCGGAAGUGGUGGCUUCGCCAAAGUUUACAAGGGGAGGUUACGUGACGGGCAAGACAUAGCGGUGAAACGUCUUUAUAACCUGACAGAUCACGCAAUCGAAGGGUUCUGGAACGAAGUCCACCUCAUAGCAGUUCUGCAACAUACCAACCUUGUCCGGCUUAUUGGAUAUUUUCACGACCCUGAAACCAUGAUUCUCGUCUACGAGUACCUGCCAAAAUCUAGCCUCAACACUUACAUUUACAGGACAAUCCGGAGCACUGUGCUUGAUUGGAACAAACGUAUGGACAUCGCCAAGGGAAUUGCUCGAGGGCUGCUAUAUCUUCACCAAGAUUCUAGGGUUAGGAUCAUUCACCUUGACCUCAAACUCAGCAACAUCUUGCUUUGCGACCAAAUGAUCCCCAAGGUCUCGGAUUUUGGAACGGCUAUGUGCCUUGAUGGGGAAGAUACUCAAGUUGUUAGGAGAAACGUGACUGGAACUUACGGUCACAUGGCUCCAGAGUACGCAGUAGCUGGCGUGUGCUCAGUUAAAGCUGAUGUGUACAGCUUUGGAGUGCUGCUUCUUGAAAUGGUCAGCGGAAUAAACGCAAGAGAGUUCUAUUGGCAAAAUGACCAUCAAAAUUUCGUACACUUCACGUGGAACUUAUGGAUUCAAAACAAAGUGCUAGAGAUCGUAGACCCAUGUUUCACAUCAUCAUCAUCAUCAUCACCAUCUUCGUAUCAAGAAGAAGAAGCUCUCAGGUGCAUUCAAAUUGGCCUCUUGUGUGUUCAAGCCCAUGCCGAGGACAGGCCCCCCAUGGCUUCUAUUGUUUUGAUGCUUGGGAGUCAAAACGAGACAAUCAGUCUUCCUAAACCGCCUUAUGACGCUGAUCCAUUGCCAAGACAAGAUUCACAAGACUAA